CACUGGCCUCUCUGCUGCUGGAAGUUGUGGGUGUCGACUUCUAAAUAAACCCGCGGCGUUACUCUCGAGGGUUGCGGCCUCACGGUUCGGUUUGGUUCCUGGUGCCUGGGUCGCGAGACCUUGAGGAGCUUUUCCAGGCGUCCUGAGAAGGUCCGGGGCGCCCAGGGCAUCCCGAGGUCACCCCGCCCGGCGCCAUGUCCUGGAUGUUCAAGAGGCAUCCUGUUUGGAAGUAUUUGCAGUCUGUCCAGUAUGGAGACCAUGGAAAUUUUCCAAGACUUUCAUACCCAACUUUCUUUCCACGUUUUGAAUUCCAAGAUGUUAUCCCUCCAGAUGACUUCCCAACUGGUGAUGAAGAGCUAGAUUCCGUUUUAUUUGGAACUUUGAGAGGUCAAGUUGUUGGACUACGCUAUUACACAGGAGUAGUAAAUAAUAAUGAAAUGGUUUCUUUACAACAAGAGCCUAAUAAUCCCUAUGAUAAGAAUGCAAUUAAAGUAAGUAAUGUGAAUGAAAAUCAGGUUGGCUAUUUAAAGAGAGAUCUUGCAGCUGCCUUGGCCUAUAUCAUGGACAACAAAUUGGCACAAGUGGAAGGGGUAGUUCCUUUUGGUGCAAAUAAUGCUUUUACCAUGCCUCUUCAUAUGACUUUUUGGGGAAAAGAAGAAAAUAGAAAAGUGGUUUUAGAUCAGUUGAAGAAACAUGGAUUUAAAUUGAGUCCAACACCAAAAGCUCUAGGAUUGAGUUUGGAGAAUAAUUGGGGCUCUGGAAGAGCUGGACCAAGUUAUAAUAUGCCAAGUCAUGUUACAGUACAGAUGACAACUGAACAGCUCAAAAUGGAAUUUGACAAAUUAUUUGAAGAUUUAAAAGAAGAUGGUAAAACUAAUGAAAUGGAACCAGCUGAGGCUAUUGAAACCCCAUUGCUUCCACACCAAAAACAAGCUCUGACUUGGAUGGUUUCACAAGAGAACAGCAAAGAGCUUCCUCCAUUCUGGGAAUAGCAAAAUGACUUAUAUUAUAACACAAUAACAAAUUUUUCUGAGAAAGAACGACCAGAAAAUGUCCAUGGAGGAAUUUUAGCUGAUGAUAUGGGUUUGGGCAAAACUCUUACUGCCAUUGCAGUAAUUCUUACCAACUUUGCUGAUGGUAAGCCUCUUCUCAGUAAAAGAAGCAAGAAGAAUCAACCAAGAAAGGAAUACAAGGAGGAGACUGGUAAACUCGGAGGGAGUAAUACUGACAAAGAGGCAGAUGGACUAAGUGCAAGUGAACGUAGUGAAGAACCUGGUGUUUCAGAUAUUCAGGAGAAGAAUAAGUAUCCCAUGUCAGAAUUGUCUAGCUUCUGCCCUAAAAGAAGAAAAUUUGCUGUUCAGUACAUUGAAAGCAGUGAUUCAGAGGAAAUUGAAACUAGUGAACUUCCACAGAAAAUAAAAGAUAAUAUGACUUACAAGCUGAAAAAUGCACAGUCAGAUACUAAAAGUAGAGUAAAAGGAUCAUCUAAGGUUAAAGAAGAUACAAAAUUUGCUCAUGCACUUACUUCAUCUGCCCUUGUAACAAAGAAGAAAAUAUUGAAAAAGGGAGUAUCUGUGGUAGAGGGCUCAAAGAAAUAUGACACUGGAGAGAGGACAAGAACAACACUGAUCAUCUGUCCACUUUCUGUGCUGAGCAAUUGGAUUGAACAAUUAGGACAGCAUAUAAAGUCAGAAGUGCACUUGAAUUUUUAUGUUUAUUAUGGUCCUGAUCGUAUUAGAGAUCCAGCCUUCCUUUCAAGACAGGAUAUUGUUUUGACUACUUAGAAUAUUUUAACUCAUGAUUAUGGAAAUAAAGAUGACAGUACAUUACAUAGCAUAAAAUGGCUAAGAGUGAUCCUGGAUGAAGGACAUGCCAUAUGAAAUCCAAAUGCUCAGCAGACAAAAGCUGUACUUGACUUAGAGGCAGAAAGAAGAUGGGUAUUGAGAGGUACUCCUAUCCAGAAUUCUUUAAAGGACUUGUGGUCUCUUCUGUCCUUUAAACUUAAACCAUUUAUUGAUAGAGAAUGGUGGCAUAGAACAAUACAGCGUCCUGUUACAAUGGGAAAUGAGGGAGGACUUAGGCGUUUACAGUCCUUAAUUAAAAACAUCACACUUCGAAGAACAAAGACAAGCAAAAUUAAAGGGAAACCUGUUUUGGAGUUACCAGAAAGAAAAGUAUUUAUUCAGCACAUUACACUUUCAGAAGAAGAGAGAAAGAUUUAUCAGUCUGUUAAAAAUGAAGGCAAAGCUACCAUUGGAAAGUAUUUUACUGAAGGGACUGUUCUUGCACGCUAUGCAGAUGUUUUGAGUCUUCUGCUUAGAUUGUGGCAGAUUUGUUGUCAUAUUCAUCUUCUUACAAAUGGAAUGUCUUCGAGUGGUCUUUCCGGAAAUGAUACACCUGAAGAACUGAGAAAGACAUUAAUAAAGAAGAUGAAGUUAAUUCUGAGCUCUGGUUCAGAUGAAGAAUGUGCAGUUUGCCUGGAUUCAUUAACAGUUCCUGUGAUAACACAUUGUGCACAUGUUUUAUGUAAACCUUGUAUUUGCCAGGUCAUUCAAAGUGAGCAGCCACAUGCUAAAUGCCCUUUAUGCAGAAAUAAUAUACAUGGAGAUAAUUUAUUAGAAUAUCCUCCAGAAGAAUUGGCAUGUGACAGUGAGAAAAAGUCCAAUAUGGAAUGGACAUCCAGUUCAAAGAUUAAUGCUCUAAUGCAUGCUUUGGUUGAAUUAAGGACAAAGAACCCCAACAUAAAAAGUUUAGUUGUUUCUCAGUUUACCACAUUCCUGUCUUUAAUAGAAACACCACUUAAAGCCUCUGGAUUCGUGUUUACUCGUUUAGAUGGUUCCAUGGCUCAAAAGAAAAGAGUUGAAUCAAUUCAAUGUUUUCAAAACACAGAAGCAGGAUCUCCCACUAUAAUGUUACUGUCCUUAAAAGCAGGUGGAGUUGGCUUGAAUCUUUGUGCAGCUUCUCGAGUGUUCUUAAUGGAUCCAGCCUGGAACCCUGCUGCAGAAGAUCAGUGCUUUGACAGAUGCCAUCGACUUGGCCAGAAGCAAGAGGUUAUCAUCACAACAUUCAUUGUAAAGGAUUCUGUUGAAGAAAAUACGUUGAAAAUACAAAACAAAAAAAGAGAACUUGCAGCUGGAGCUUUUGGAACUAAAAAAACAGAUGCUAAUGAAAUGAAACAAGCUAAAAUCAAUGAAAUCAGAACUUUAAUUGAUUUAUAAUUUGUGGGAUUUUGUAAAGUCAGUUGGAACAGAUACCUAAGUUUUACACAUGAAAAAUACAGAUUUAAGAAAGAUCUAGAGAAUAUUCUUUCUAUAUGGGGCAUAUUUUAUAUUAAUGAAGUGGUAUUAUUGUUAUAUCUCUUCUAUAUAUGAAUCUUAUAUUUAAUGAUACUUCAAAUAGCAGUAAGUUCCAUUGUAAACUGGCCUGAAAGAGGAGGUCAUAGAAGUUCUUUUGCUCUCCAGCUUUUCGUAAUGUCUUUGCUGAGUAUUUUCCUACAUCUCCCAUGUACUCCACAUCUUCAUACUUAAGUGUGGUCCUAGUUUAUACUUUUGACCCGUAGAUUAGUUUUUCUUUGUUGGAAAUAUUUUGUUAUUCACCAAAGUCUUUAAAUGGUGAUUCAGUGGAUCCACAGUCCUUGUAAAUUAUUAACAAAUAUGUAUGCAGACUAUAAGAAAGAUUUUAUUGGAUGUUCAAAAGCUAUAGUUGCAUCCAUAACCAAACCUUAAGUGAAAGACCAAAGUUCAAGGGAGCAAGUUAAUUGCAAUUUUUUAUAGCUUUGUUGAGAUGUAAUUUAUGUAUGUGACUUGCAGUAUGUAUUUAGAAAAAGUUAGGGAUCACAUCAAAGUUGUGUGUCCAUUUUAGUGAAGUGGUACUACAUUCAUUAUUUAAAUGUAAUGAUAGAAGCACAUGGUGUAAUUAGUCUGUAGGGGUGAGGGAACCAGUUCUACCCAGUUUGUUUGAAUGCUUAAAUUAUGUGAUUUAAAUAGAUCUUUCUAUAAAUUGUUUUUAUUUAUGUAGGGUUUCUGGAAAUAACUUUAAAUUUUUAUAAUACAGAAGACUACUACUCUAUGUGAGUGGCAUGAUAAUUGGGAUGGAAGUUGGGCUGGAUGACCUUCAAAGUCGUUUUAAAUCUUAAAGACAUCUUAGUCCUGAAUGUAAAAAUGCCUUUGUGUGUUUAGAAUCAGAAUUUAAUAUUGGAAUUUCACUAAUUUAUCCAAACUUUUUUAUCCUUUUUUGUUAAUAAGAAAACUUACUAGUUGCCACAGAAUUAUAGAUGAGUUUGAGUCAUAUUUAAAAUAAAUAAGCAGUCAGGUUGUGUAAUUAGUAGUAUUAUUUUCCUGUGGAUUUUUUUUUUAAAUCCAGACAAGAGAUUCCUGAGAAAAGCUUCAUGGAUUAUGGCACAUACUAAAGAACAUCUCAGAUUUUAUUUAUGCUACAAGAGACUUGACUGAAAGAAAUGAUAGGUACCCUAGUAAGGUAUAUGCCAUAUGUCUCUCUCACCAAAUCUUCCCCAACCUGUUUUUGCUCUAAGAGAACAGGAUUAACCAGCAAGAAUCUUCUCAGCCCCAUUUCUCAUAAUAACAGAUGAGGCAGGCAUGGUUUUCAGGACGACAUUUUUGCAGGGGUGAAUGUGGAAUGACUGGGAUUGGACUGCUGCGCUUAGGAACCCCACAGGAAACUUGUAGGACUAGCAUCACAUAUAAAUCCAGUCUCAUCACAUAUGGGAUUAGGGUUCUGUAGUACCCACACAAUGAGAUUAAGUAUAAACUGUUUCUGGCCCAAACAAACAAGAAAGAAACCCAACUUACCUAUUUAAUUACAGAUAAACUUACCCAGAAAACUACAGCACUGUGCUUUAAAACAUAUUCAUAGCAAUCAAGUUUAUCAAGCAAACUUUUUAGUAUAUUAAGUAUUAAUAAAAAAGUUAAUUCAAGAUACAUAAACCAUUGGAAUAAAAAUUUGAUGCUAUGUUGUUUUAUUACUUAGAAAUAUACUGAAAAUAUUGUAUUUCUAAUUGUGUUUCAAACUGAAUUUUUCUUUGAAUUUAAAAUCAAUAAAAACCUAAAAAAAAUUUACCUUCCUUGGUGUCAUCAAAUAAUGACUAUUUUCUUUUUAACAGAAAAAAAGAUUGUCUCACUUCUAUAAAGAUGACUGUUGCACAUUUUUCAUUGAAACACUUUAAAAAGUACAGUUACUGUAAUUUAUUCAUUUAUAUUUAAGUUUUGUAUACCUGUUGAAAUUCUCAUUCAGAUCUUAGUGUAUAUUGAAGUUUAUAUAAAAUGUAUUGAAAUAUUGGGUUCCAUUUAAUUUCCUCAUUUUAAGAACAGUGGGAAUUAUUAUAAUAACUGUGUACGAAAUCAUAGAUUUUGUCCUUAAAAUUAUACUUUUAGGAUUAGAAAUAAUCCUAUUUAGUUUAUUAUCAGUGAGUAUAUUGCUCACAAGGGGAUAGAAAUGUAAGGGCAUAUUGAUCACUUCCAUAAAUGUCCACCUUAUAAUUUGAGUUACUGCCUCUUUUAUACAUCUUAUUAUAAACUUGUGAGAUUCCAGCUCCCACCCUUUGAAGGGUUCUUAGGUGGAGGGGAGAGGGAUAAGAAAAUAUCAGAUAGAGAGGCCUAGACGACGAGAAGAAAGACAGAAACACAAGAUAGCUUCGGGAGGGCCUGGAUCAAUAUUCAACAGCCACUUCAGUUAUUCAAAAGGGUUUUUUAUAUGUCAAGGGGAGAUGCAAAAGACCUCCCCCUUGCAGGAUCAAAGCACACUGUACAGCCAAGUGUAGAUCCUUCUAAACACCUGGUAAACUUGCCUGUGGCCAAAUCAUCUCAUUAUUCAGCCCUGCUGAGUAAAGCAAGCCUAAAUUCUCUGACCCUGAGUAAGGUCUCACUAGCCCAUAGUCUCUGUGGGCUCCCACAUAAACUUUCAGGGGUUUGUGGGUAUUCUGAAAUUUGAGCUGCAUGGAAACAAUUUUGUAAGAUUUUUUUUCAGUAAGGUUUAAUUAAGGCAUCUUUGAAAAAUGAAAGUGAGGAAAGAUGAAGCCUACCAAAGAAAUGGUAGGCCAUUUGGUGACACUGUAGCCACAGGGCUUGAUACACCUUCAUACUUAUUGUGCUAUGUACUGUUUCUAACUCUAAUAAUAUCAAUAGACUUCACUAAAUACCUAUUAUAUGAAAUCUAAACAUCAUAUAAGCUUUUCACCUUAAAGCUUAAUUUCUUGUGCUGUAUUAAAAAGAGAACAAACAAUUCAGUUCUUGAUUUCACAGAAUUUGAUGUUUAUAAAUAUUUUCUAAAUUAAAUAUUUCCAAUCAUACUGGUUCCUAUUUACUUUAUUUGGAUUACAUAUUGCUUAGCCACAAAAAUAAGGUGGAAUUCUGUUUAUCUCUAGCAGACUCAGAAGCCAAAAAAGGAAGCAGCAUAUGACUUAGCCAAAUUACCUAGAAGAGGUUUGUGUUUCUAUUAUGUGUUCUGACCAGUGGCAGAGACACUUCAGUAUUUUCAGUAAAUGUUUCUUGUACUUGAAGAUCAUAGCAACUCAUUGUCUACUAGUCCAAGUGUCCUAGAUAUGCUGUGGGAUAAUGCUUUUGUACACUGAAUUACUAAAACGCUGAUUGGCCAAUAGCCAGGCAGGAAGUAUAGGUGGGAUAAGCAGACAAGGAAAAUCCUGGGAAGAGAAAGGCAGAGUCAAGAGAUGCCAGCCUACCAUCCAGGGAACAGCAUAUAAUGAAUGGCACACAGGUAAAGCCACAAAACAUGUGGCAACAUAUAGCUUAACAAAAAUGGGCUGAGUUUAAGUGUAAAAGCUAGUCAGUAGUAAGCCUGAGCUAAUGGCCGAACAGUUUUAAUUAAUAUAAACCUCUGUGUGUUUACUUAGGUCUGAGUGGCUGAGGACCAGGUGGGACACGGAAAAACUUUCAGCUACACAGAUAUUUUAUCACUAAUAUAAUUUAAGUAAGUUAAGGAGUUAUUACCAGCCUCUGAGUGGCUGCCUAGUCAUUCUUGUCUUUAGGUAUCCAAACUUUUGUGUAUUCAUUCAGCCAUACAGAAAUAGGAAUGACUUAGUAUCUAUAGGAUAUAAUAGAAAAGAAAACAGGGACCAUAAAAGUGAGGGCAUAAAAGCCAUUACAGCUUUUGUCAAUUAAAUCUUGUUUUUCCCAUUCAUGUUCUCUGCUGAAUUAUUUGUGAUACUUUGUUUUGGUUAUAAAAGGUUGUUUUAGGCCCCACUCUUGACAGCUUGCCACCCAAUACAGCCUACACUCUAUUGGUAUUGUGGGUCAUUGCUUUAGGGUGACUGACUGAAUACAUAGAUUCAGAGUCUAACAAACUUAUAUUUGUAUUUUUUUUUAAUAAACCACUAGAGAUCACUGGGUCCAGGAAUGAGUCAGAUAAUUCUGAAUGACUACUGAGUAUACUAAUUACUGACAUGGCCUGAUAAUUUUAAAGUAUCAAGAGUCAAACUAUCUGAAUACUCACCAAGGAUGUAAUGUAUGAUAGAUAGACUAGGUACCUUUUAUCUCACUUUUCUCUACUGAUCAGAUCUGUCACAAUCACUUGAGAAUAGAUUUAAAUGUCUUAGAUUAAUUUUAA